AUGACCGCUGGAUUCUGGCAGAUUAUCAAAGUUUAUUACGCCUACCGCCUCCACACCAUCGUCCCCCGCCUCCUCCACUCCCUCGACAACCUCACCAACUGGUAUAUCCGCUUCAACCGCAAACGCCUCAAGGGCGUCGCCGCCGCCGCCAGGUCCGACGCAGCAGCCGACACCGCUACGGCCCUGACCACCCUCCUCCAGGUCCUCUUUACUCUCGUCCGCGCCCUCGCGCCCUUCACGCCCUUUCUAACGGAGCACAUCUACCAGCUCCUCCGGCCGGUACUCCCCACGACCGGGGUUGGGUACGCCCGUAGCGUGCACUUCCUCCCGUUUCCGAGAGUACAGACCGCGCUGCUGGACAAGGCUGUCGAGCGGCAGGUGGAGGCGAUGCAGAAGGUCAUUCAGCUGGGCCGGGCGGCGCGGGAGAGGAGAGGUGCGGCGUGGGGCUGA